GAUCGAUCGAUCAAGAGAGAGAGAGAGAAUGAUGAGGAGCAGAUUUAGUUUGUUGCUGAUAAGUUGUAGUUUGUUAAUGUGUAUAUUUGUGGGAGUAUGCCAUGGAGGGGAAUUGAGAAAGAAGUUUUACAAAGAGAGUUGUCCACUUGCAGAGGAUAUUGUCAAGAACAUCACUUGGACACGAGUAGCUAACAAUGUUACUCUGCCUUCAAAGUUGCUCCGCAUGCAUUUCCAUGAUUGUUUUGUUAGGGGUUGCGACGGAUCGGUUUUGAUAGACUCUACAUCGAACAACCCAGCAGAGAAGGAAGCAGUGCCAAAUCUGACUUUAGGUGGAUUUGAUGUGAUAGAGGAAGCCAAGACACAGCUUGAGAAAACAUGUCCUGGAGUUGUCUCUUGUGCUGACAUUCUUGCUUUAGCUGCUAGAGACGCUGUUUCCUUCCAAUUCAAUAAGUCGAUGUGGGAGGUGCUAACUGGAAGAAGGGAUGGAAGAAUCUCGCGACAAUCGGACGCACUAGCGAACCUCCCUACCCCCUUCUUCAACUUCACAGCACUCAAACAAUCUUUCUCCAGCAAAGGCUUAACAGUUACUGAUCUUGUUGUUCUUUCAGGUGGACACACAAUUGGGAUUGGACAUUGCAAUUUCUUCAGCAACAGAUUGUACAACUUCACAGGAAAAGGAGAUCAAGAUCCAUCACUAAACUCAACCUAUGCUGCAACAUUGAAAAGCCAGUGCAAAACCCUAACAGACAACACAACAUUCGUGCCGAUGGACCCCGGAACCUUUCUAUCUUUCGAUGCCAAUUAUUACAAAGUCUUGAAGCUUAAUCAAGGCCUUUUUCAAUCUGAUGCUGCACUCCUAACCAACAAGGGUGCUAGCAACAUCGUCGACGAGUUGGCGAGCUCGAACAAAUUCUUCACUGAAUUCGCUCAAUCGAUCAAGAGGAUGGGCGCGAUCGAAGUUCUUACAGGGUCUGUGGGAGAGAUUAGGAAGAAGUGUAAUGUGAUUAAUUAACUCUUGAUGCAGGAGACAUUUGAAUUAAUUUGGUUUGAGUGUACUUAUUGAUUAAUUAUGUGAAAGUUUUGUAUCAUCGAAUAAAAA